GCCAAUCAAGAGCAAGGUAUUGACAGAGCACGCGCGGAACGCCGACCGACGCCAUCAUGAGCAUCUACUCGUUCCCGGUCCUCAAGAUGUCCGAGAUCGUCCUCUUCAUUCGGAACUCGAAACUCGGCAUCUCGGAGGAGGAUAUCAAGAACUGCGAACCAGCAGCGGUUCGCCGAUUCUUUGAAGCGUUCUUCGAUGUCAUUCUCGACAUCAGUAAAGACGACUUGACGCAACCUGCACUCUCCGGGCUCAGUGUACUUCCACACCCGAACCUGCAUGAAGAUUCCAUUCCAGAGUUGGCAUUCUUCCGCACGUCCAAGAAGCUGUUGGAAGCUUGUGGUGUCACAGACUUCACAUGGCAAGAUAUUCAAAAACCUAAGCUCAAGCGCCUGCGAUACUUGCUCAGUGCGAUCAUCAACUUUUCAAAGUUCAAAGAGGAGAGGAAACUCCACUUCGACAAGUACCUCAAGACCACGGAAACCUUGCUUCGUGCCAAGCAGCAAAAGGAGGACGAAAACGCUACCCUUCGACGACAGUUGGAAGAGCUCAAGGCCAAGCAAGCCGCGGAAGCCCCAGCAUUGCAAGCUGUGAUUGAUGAAUGCUCAGUGAUGGAGGCCGAAAUCAAUGUUCUCAAUACGCGGCAGUCCUUGCUGCACCCUGAAGUGAAGGCGCUGAAGGCUCAAGUCGCCAAACUAAACGAUGAAUUGCAAUCCCUCAACUUCGACAUUGUGGAAGGGAAAAAGACCAUUCGAAGCAUGGAAUCCAAGGUUGUCAACUCCCCUGCCCGCCAAAGAUCGGAGAUCGCGUCACUUGCACAGCAGGUGGACGUUGCAAAGGAAGAAGUGAACGCGCUCGACGGUCGGUCGGCCGAGUUGGACGUUAUUCACAGCACAGUGUCGAGAGCUGUCAGGGACAUGGAAAAGGUGAUCGAGUUACUCGAAUCCAUCGAAGCCGACAUGGCCAAAGUGGACGUCGAAAAGGAAAACGUUCUAAAAUUACAUCAAGAAUACAACAGCCUCACCACCAAAGCCAAGCUUGCCGUCGCGCACAAAGCUCGCGUGGAAGUUUAUCUCGACCAGCGCCGCGAGGAACUGGAAGUGGACAAGGCGCAAGCACGAACGAGGAUGCAAGCGGUCGAGCAUGCCGUGGCAUCGGCAGCAAAGGAAGUGGAACAAUCGCGCCAGCACAAGUUGGCCAACGAACAUUUGGUUGCUGCCAAGCUGCAAGAAGUACAGGAGAUGCAGGCCAAGAUGAACAGCGACCGCGACGCCUUUGAAAACACGCUCAAGGAGAUGGAAGAGACGUACGUGCGUUUGGAGCGCAAAGUCAAAUCGUAUGCCAACAUGGUGGCAGAUAUCGUCGAGUCGGCGUAAUUAUUUCGUAGCAAGAUAUUAAAUGAAUUGUUCGCCUGGAAAUAUUCGUGA